UGGGUCUCACUGACCGAUUGAAACUCAGUCUAAUAACAAACGAGCUUCGGUAGACGGGAAGACGUGUCCGCGGUUAAAUUGAAGUUGAAGAUUUGCGUAUAACGAAUAGCGUUUAAAUCGUCUUCGACAGCACUUUUAUUAACAAUAAGAAAUUAAACAACAAAAACUUGCAUUUGAAUAUACACAAACAAAUAAAGUCAAGGAUAUUAGAAAAUUUUUUCUGAUUAAUUGCAUUUGCAAUUUGGACAAUCGAGUCAACUCUCAUCAAACCACAGUGGGCCUAAACACAAUGAGCAGAACCAAAAACCAAACGAAACGAAGUACAAUCAGCAGAAUGACCUCCCGCUCCAAUACUGCAAUUGUAGGAUGUCUUCUGACAUUAUUGCAUUUAAUCACACCCAUGCAGUGUCUCACGCAUUCGGUGUUCACGUUCACGAAUGCUUCGACAUCCUUUGGCCAACUUGUCACCUCCAGCACCUUAGUGUGGGAGACCUAUGAGGAUCCCAAGCAGCUGCAAUUUGCCGUCGAGGGUGGCAAAUUCAUAUCGGAGGAUGAGCAUUAUCCCAUUUACGUUUGCCGUGUGGUCAUCGAUGGCGUGCCCACAUCUGGUCACACCGAGAAAGUACAACAGAAGCAUGUGUGUGUGGCAGCUCUCGCCAAGCGCAGUGUCAACCAACAUUUCGAUGUGCUGAUGAAUAAGGGACAUCUCGGCAAGAUCGCUUGGAAGCCGUGGCGAAAGUUCAAUGUGGGCAUUCCUGUGGGUGCCAUUCGCGUGGGUGACGACACCUAUGUUGCACGCCACCGGGCACAGCAUGACGCCAACGCUGGAGCACAACACGGGGCUGAUUACUAUCUGGGCCGCUUGGAGCAGGUGGGUCUUGGCAAAAUCAAGGUUGUGGAGAACGGAAUGGAGAAGUACUACGAUGAUGGUGAACUUCUCAUUGAAACGGAACCCUUCCGCUACGAGCUGCGUGACAUCAAGUUGGAUGGCGGUCGCAUCACUAUGCGCGAAAAUUCCACCGAAUUGGCUACUGGCAAACUAGAAAAUCGCGGUGACACCUACGACACCGUGGAGAUGGUGAUGAGCUACAGCUUUGACUACAUGCAGUACUGGGGAGCCCAUGACGGUGUCGCCAAGGGCUUGCCUACUAAGAUCUUUGAAAAGAAUGUUGACACUCCAGCGGAGAUCAACUGGGCCCUGAAGCAUGGCGAGAAACGGCGGGAAAAUAAAGCCGUAUACUCCAAACUCUGGCCGGGAACAGCCAUUAAUGUGACCCUGCGUGGCAACUACGUGACUCUAGAUUCGCCCUAUUCUGCCAAACUCUCUGCCUUCUACUAUGACAGCGAGAGCGUCUCACGUUUGAUCAACGCUGAGGUGCGUAAGAGCUACUUGAAGGAUGUGAAGAUGGAGUUCAGUCCAGUGUAUUGGAUUGAAAAUGGCACCGUGGUGCCGACAACAACCACUACAUCGACAACGUCAACGACGACACACGCAACUACAACCAUCAACAACGAACCUACGCCCAUCAAUGAACCACCGAAAGUGCGUAUUGAGCACAUGGGCGUGAAGCAUUCCGGACCGGACUCGCUGGAAAAAACGUUAAAUGAUGCCAACAACGAAGUCAACUCAAAUGAUGCGCCCGAAAACAUGUCCUCAAAGGAUGCAGCGUUAGCCGGCAUUGGUGUGAGCGGUCAAUCGGGAGCUACAACAAUCACCGCAGCAACAGGAGCUCUAUUCACGUAUCUAAUUGUGACGCUAAUAAAUCUGUAGAUGGGAAUCAUGCCAGGCCUUAAGAGGGCUGAGACAAGAAGGUCUCCCUAUUAGCAUAGCGUUUAAUUGUUGUUGUUGUACCUGUUGUACCCGUCUUUGAGAGCAUGUCGUGAGAUGCGAAUAGAAACCGAAACAGAAAGAUAGACAGACAUGGAAUAGAUAUAGAAUGGCAUGAAAUGAAACCGGAUCGAGGUUUGUGUGGCUCCAGUGUGUGGGUGCGUGGUUCAAUAGAUGUAUGAGGCGAAGAAGAAAAGUUGAUAUUUUUAUACUUCUCCCAUGACUGCUUCUUCAUCUAUAUAAAGCAUAUAACGUACGUAGCGAACAAAUUGAAUUUUAAGCAACAUAAAACAUUCCUAACUAGCCCUCACAAAUGAAAAAUGAAUCAAAAAAAUAUACAUAUAAAUAUAUAUAUAUAUUUCCAUAUAUAUCUUUAACAAAAAAAAAAAAAAUAUUUACAUUUUGUAAGCAGAUUUGUUUUAAUAUUUGCUUCGUCUUUUAGUUUAUUAAGAGA